GCGCUGCCCCACUACCUAGAAGCAGCUGCUCAGCUUCUUGUCCAACCUGUCUUCAGGCCUCCUGCCUUCACUCCAGCCUCCACCAUGUCCAUCAGGAUGACUCAGAAGUCCUACAAGAUGUCCACCUCUGGACCCCGGGCCUUCAGCAGUCGAUCCUACACCAGUGGGCCCGGUGUUCGAGUCAGCUCAGGCUUCUCCAGGGUGGGCAGCGGCAGCAGCUUUCGGGGGAGCAUGGGUCUCGGUGGCGUUGGCGGUGCUAGUGGAGGGGGCAUUACAGCCGUCACGGUGAACCAGAGCCUGCUGAACCCCCUGAAGCUGGAGGUGGACCCCAACAUCCAGGCCGUGCGCACUCAGGAGAAGGAGCAGAUCAAGAGCCUCAACAAUAAGUUCGCCUCCUUCAUUGACAAGGUGCGAUUCCUGGAGCAGCAGAACAAGAUGCUGGAGACCAAGUGGAGCCUCCUGCAGCAGCAGAAGACGGCUCGGAGCAACAUGGACAACAUGUUUGAGAGUUACAUCAACAACCUUCGGCGGCAGCUAGAUUCACUGGGCCAAGAGAAGCUGAAGCUGGAGGCAGAGCUUGGCAACAUGCAGGGGCUGGUGGAGGACUUCAAGAAUAAGUACGAGGAUGAGAUCAACAAGCGGACAGAGAUGGAGAAUGAAUUUGUCCUCAUCAAGAAGGAUGUGGAUGAAGCUUAUAUGAACAAGGUGGAGCUGGAGUCCCGCCUAGAAGGGCUGACAGAUGAAAUCAACUUCCUCAGGCAAAUAUAUGAAGAGGAGAUCCGUGAGAUGCAGUCCCAGAUCUCGGACACUUCUGUGGUGCUGUCUAUGGACAACAGCCGCUCCCUGGACAUGGACGGCAUCAUUGCUGAGGUCAAGGCCCAGUACGAAGAGAUGGCUAACCGUAGCCGGGCUGAUGCUGAGCACAUGUACCAGAUCAAGUAUGAGGAGCUGCAGACCAUGGCUGGUAAGCACGGAGAUGAUCUGCGUCGCACGAAGACGGAGAUCUCUGACAUGAACCGCAACAUCAGCCGCCAGCAGGCAGAGAUUGAGACCCUCAAAAGCCAGAAGGCAUCCCUGGAGGCUGCCAUCGCGGAUGCAGAGCAGCGUGGGGAGAUGGCCAUUAAAGAUGCCAAUGCCAAACUGGCAGAGCUGGAGGCCGCCCUGAAGCGGGCCAAACAGGACAUGGCGCAGCAGCUGCGCGAGUACCAGGAGCUGAUGAACGUCAAGCUGGCGCUGGACAUCGAGAUCGCCACCUACAGGAAGCUGCUGGAGGGCGAGGAGAGCCGGCUGGAGUCUGGGAUGCAGAACAUGAGUAUCCAUACAAAGACCACCAGUGGCUAUUCAGGAGGGCUGAGCUCAGCCUACGGGGGCCUCACAAGCCCUGGCUUCAACUACAACAUGAGCUCCUUCCAGCCCAGCUUUAGCCCUAUGGGAGGCUCCAGCACCUUCACCCGUACCACCAAGGCUGUGGUGGUGAAGAAGAUCGAGACGCGAGAUGGGAAGCUGGUGUCUGAGUCUUCUGAUGUCCUGCCUAAGUAAAUGCUACUACAUCCCCUCCUAGCUGAUGCCCCUCUGAGGCUGCCACGGGCCUUCAGGGGAGACAGCUGGGAAGGAGAGCAUAAGAAGGAGAGGCCUGCCCUCAGCCCCAACUUGGGAAGAGUCUACUACCCGGAGCGUCCCUCUUGCCCGUGCCCCUCACCACCGAAAAAUUCAUUCUGUUUUCCAAAAUAAAGCCUCAGCUGGCUCUGCUAACUGA